CGCGGCUGUGACGCGCAAUAACUGUUUUAGUGUAGCGUGAAUGACACCAUGCUAUGCGCUAAAAUAUAACUUGGUCUCAUUGCGCACGAGCAGGACGCUAUAGCAGUUUUGCGCAUAGCGUGCAUCCGCUAUUUCCUCAAUUUAGCGGGAGAGGCUAACGCUCGCAAAGUCUGCUUGGCGUACAAAACAUGGCGGCGCCCCCGAAGCGACGUCUGCCCACUUCGCAUCUGUCGUCUUGUCCUGUUGCCUCGCACAGCUCACUGAUUCGCAAUAAGCGGUGCUGCUGGUUUUCGCUUCGGGUGUUCAUGCUUCGGUAAUGGACGACGGAUGUGCUUGCCUGUGGCGCAGACUGCUCCCAAUGGCCGGAGGUUGCCCCCCGCCUGUGCCUCCAGAGCAGGUGGCCGAGGUGCGUGCGGUGCGCGACCACUUGCUGCUGUCGCAGUUCUGCAGUGCCGAUGCAGCCAACCUGAGGAACGGAGCAAGCGUGCAGCAGGAAAGGAAGCAGAACAAGAGCCUCUUCAAACAGCAACGAACGAUGCAGCGGAUGUUGCACCUGAACUACCAAGACGGCAUAUGGUUCGCAGAAUGCGAGGACAAGGCCGAACUACUGACCACGAUAUUCUGGAAAAGAGGUGGAGACACGAUCAGGCGCUCAAGGACAAUGAAGUCGCCCUCGAAGAAAAAAGAACUGAGCUCGAAAAAAGCAGGCUGGCACCGGAAAGGGAGCGCCUGCAGCGGUGAAGCCAACUCCACAUGGAGGAGCUUCGAGUGAGCGAGGAAGAUCGUAAAGAAUGAGAGGAGCAGCGGCGGGCAAACCCAGUCAACCAGGGUACCUUUCUGAAAUUGUACAAAAAUUAGUUAAGACAAUAAAGAAGGAUUUAAUACAUUUAUUUCAGAAAAAGCAUCUCUCGCAGAGAACGCACACCCAAUAAUACGUCGUACUACGCCUGCAGGUCGCCUUUGCCGGGCAGCAAUGCUCAAGUAGAUAUGUGCCAAGACUCGGCCUCAAGUAAGCGUGGAGGUUGGGUGGCUGUGUACCUUAAUAAAUGACUUUCGUUUUUAUGCAUGCAGGCACGGCCGUUCAUGAGACUGACAGCGACUCUAUACAUGCGGGGAACAUUUUGAAGCAGAAGUUCUUGAGUUUUUUUUUUUGAAAUCUGGAAAA